ACUGUUUGACCGAUUUUUAAUAUCGUGUUUUCUUUACCUACCAUAUCGCAUCCUAUGUGUCUGAUAAACAGUCGUCAAAUUAUUAUGCUGUCGAAAAAACAAUAAUUUAGCGAUAAAUGGAGAAUUUUUUUAUGCAUUCUCAGAAAAGAAAAGUUGGAAGUUUCUAAAUCACAUGAAUGAAUCUAAGUAGAGGACCUACGCUUAGUGUUCAGGAGCUUUGACAGAUGAUCCUUCGAGACUUUUCGUGAGCAUUUGAUCAAAAUGAAACUGGAUAUAAUACUGAUUACGGUUUUUCUGAAACUCUUACCAAUCUAUUGCACUCCUACGGAGCCUGUAAUAUAUGGCAUUCUCCCAGAUAUCUAUAAUUCAAUCACUGAUAAUAUUAUUGUACUUCCUUCAAAUAAACCUAUUCAUCUUAGUAUGUUUGGCUUGAAAAUGGAUUAUAUUAGUCAUAUUGCCUUCGCUUCAAUCAAAAAACCACGUAAUUCUUCAUGUGAACACGAACGUGUAACUAAUUCAUUUGAUGCUUUGCCAGAAAAUUCUUUUGUCAGUACCAGUGUGAUUAGUCUACGCGAAUUAUCCAAUAAUGAAGUCGCUUUUUUUCUAUGUAUUCGUGUCACUCCCACUUCAUUACCGAAAGCUGACUCUACUUCAAAUUAUACCGAUAUUGAUGGUAAAUGGAUUUUUGCUGGCGAUGGUGGUGGUACUGACAGUGUAUCGGAUUAUCGUUUAUCAUUUCGAACUACAACUACUCUCAUGCCUUUAUGGGUUCAAAUAAUUUUAAUUAUAUUAUUAUUUUUUCUUUCGGGUUUAUUCAGUGGUUUAAACUUAGGUUUAAUGUCUCUUGAUAAAACAGAAUUGAAAAUUAUUGAAAGUGCUGGUUCACAUAAUGAGAAAAGUUAUGCAAAAGCUAUUCGACCUGUACGAGAAAAAGGAAAUUUAUUACUAUGUACACUUUUAUUAGGUAAUGUUCUUGUUAAUACUUCAUUAACAAUUCUGAUGGAUGAUUUAACUGGUAAUGGUUUGUUCGCUGUAAUUGGAUCUACAAUUGGUAUUACAUUGCUUGGUGAAAUUAUGCCACAAGCUGUAUGCUCACGUAAUGGUUUAGCUAUCGGGGCUAAAACACUCUGGUUAACAAAAUUGUUUAUGUUACUUACAUUUCCUAUUGCAUUCCCUAUAAGUUUUUUGUUGGAUAAAAUAUUGGGUGAAGAAAUCGGUCAAGUAUAUAGUAGAGAAAAACUCGGAGUUCUUAUACGUGAACAAGCAUUAGCUGGAACAGUGGCUGCAGAUGAAAUGAAUAUUAUUACUGGUGCAUUAGCUUUAACUACUAAAACUGUAGCCGAUGUAAUGACACCAUUGUCUGAUGCAUUCAUGUUAUCUUAUUCAGCUAAUUUAGAUUUUCAUACAAUGAAUGAAAUUUUUUCAAAUGGUUAUACACGUAUACCAGUUUAUGAAAAUGAUCGACAAAAUAUUAGAUCUGUAUUAAAUGUAAAAGAUUUAGCUUUUAUUAAUACAGAUGAUAAAGUUCCAGUAUCAACUGUUUGUGAUUUUUAUAAUCGUUCAAUUAUUAUUGUAUUAGAUACAACUAAUUUAGGAAUGAUGUUAAAAGAAUUUCGUCAAGGAAGAGCUCAUAUGGCAUUUGUUGAGCGUUUAGUAACAGAAGGUGACUGUGAUCCAUAUCGUGAAAUGAUUGGUCUAGUUACACUCGAAGAUGUAAUUGAAGAAAUUAUUCAAGCUGAAAUUGUUGAUGAAACAGAUAUUUUAACUGAUAAUGUGCAUCAUCAAGUGAGACAAGUGCGUAAAAGAGAUUUCCGAAUGUUCGGUUUACAUGAUUCUCAGGGUAAAUCAAGAUUAUCACCACAAUUGAAAAUUGCAGCUCUACGGCAUUUAGCCUCAGAAGUUAAAUCAUUUGAAGAGAAAUAUAUUUGUUAUUCUGUACUACAAAGUUUCCUCAAUGCAAAUAUUGUUGGUGAAUGUAUUUACAAUCCAAAAGAUGAUGAAGCAAAUACUCUGUAUCAUAUGGGUCAAUGGUCAAAUUAUGCUAUUCUUUUAUUGCAAGGACGUGCUGUUGUUCAAAUUGGUGUUGAAGGGUUAAUUUUUGAAGCUGGACCUUUUCUUAUGUUUGGUGAAGCUGUUUUAAAACGUGUCAAUGAAUUAUUUCCAAAUCCUUCUGAAAAUAUGGAUCCAUCUGUUCAAUCAGCACGUUUAGCAUCAGAAGCUCGAUUUCUACCUGAUUAUACUUUAAAAGCUUGUUCUAAUUUACAAUAUUUAAAAAUAUCAGCAGAACAUUAUUUGUUAGCUAGACGAUUAACUGUAUUGCAUCAACGGGCUAGUUUGCCUCUUGAUGCUACCGAGAAAUAUCCUAUAAAUUUAUCAGAAAAAUUACAUGAAAUUAAAUCAUCAAAUGGUUGUAUUGAUUCAUUACAUUCAUCUACUCUUUAUGAUGGUCAUGAUAUGUUUCAAAAUGCAUGGAAUCAUCAUAUGGAUCGUUUACAAAAAUCAUCAUUAGCUGCAGCGUAUGCUUCUACAAUUAACAAUAAUAACAAUAAUCAUAUUGGUAUUAAACCAAUGUCAUCUUCAUCAUCUUCAGAUUGUAUAAUAAAGGCAGCAACAACAACAACAUACUCUACUAGUACAAUUAAUACUACUAAUAGUACUACUCCGGACAUAUCAACUGUAAUUAACACGACAAGUAAAACAAUAAGUAAUAAUAAUAAUGUAGAAAAUGCUAUUCCAGAUAGUACUACUUAUAUAGUUAGUACAGCGUCUUAUAUUGAACCUCAUACUACAGUUAAUGAUAGUAGAGGUAGAAGUGGUAGUAAAAAUUAUAAUAAAACUGAUAACAACAAUCCUCAUCAUCAUAACAACGGUACAAACAGUAAUCAUACUAAUGACAAUUAUAACAAUACUACUCCUAGUAACAGUAAUAGUAAUAAACCUCCGACGAAACUGUAUGUCUGUUAUGAAGAUGUAAAUAAAGCUAAACCUGAAGAAUUACAAGCAUUUGUUCCGUCUAUUUUAAUUAAUACUAAUAUGAAUAAACCUCUUCCUAAGUUUAAUGAUGGUGGAGGUGGACGUGUAUGAUCUAUAAUUAUCCUCAACUCUCCUACCAAAACAUUCAUUCAUUGAUUUACAUCUCUUGUCAAAUAUUUCAUUUUGAUUUGCCUUAAUUUAUGAUUAUUUAUAGUAUUUCUCUAGUCUUCAUAAUUAAGCUACUUCAUUCAAAUGUCAACCAUUUUUUAUUAUUGUUACCUUUCAAUAGUAAUUACAAUAGGGAUCAUUUCUUACUUGGUUUUCUAUUUUCCUCUCCCUUUCCUCGUUUUAUUGAUUUUGAUUCCUAUAUGGAACGAAACUUAGUGCUAUGAGUGCAAUUUCUCAGAUAUUGUUCAUUGUUUUACUGUUGUUUUUUUUUUACAAGUCUAUAAAGUACUACUAUUAAUAAAACAAAGCAUUAACAAGCUUGUUAUUCAUGUAUUGUAUAAACAAUUGUAAUGUAAACACAUAUACACACACGCACAAAUUAUACUUUGUUGUGAUUACAAUCCAUAUAGAUGAUUAUAUAUUCAAUUCCUUUCUUUAAUUAACGUGUUGUUAGUGUUAUUGUUGUUCUUGUUCAAUUCACAACUUUUUCACAAUCCUCUUUCUCUUAAAUAGUACAUCAUCUAUAUUUAUGUAUAGAUUAUGUUCUAUCAAAUUUUCAUCUUAACUUUAUGUUUUUCUCUUAGUGUACUUUCUGUUAUGCUUUUUUUUUCCUUUUGUUUUUAUGAAUUCAACUUUACAAUUCACUUUUCAUUUUCUCAAUGAAUCAAGUAGUGGAACAGUUGUUUUUUUUUGUAUUUAUUUUCUCGCACAUACACACACAAACACAUAAAUACACAAUCACUUUCUACCCCCCUCGCAUUUUUCUCUUCAAUUUUUUCCCCUUAAUUUUCUAUUUUCACAUGCAUUUUCUGUGUAGUGGAAUUGUUCUUGUCAAUGUGCCUAAUAAUAAUGAAUUAGGGCAUACAAUGUAAAUCAACUAACUUUUGACUUCCUUUUCAUUGUGUGUUUUCUCUUUUAUUUUCGUUCUUCUCUACAUUGUUGUUGUUUACUUUUGUUUCUUGUUUACUAUUUGCUCCUUCUUUUUUUAAAAACAAUCUUUAUCUUUUCUAUUUCUCGAUUGUUUUUUUCUUCUUUUCAUUUUCUUCAUACUUUGCAGAUUAAAUGAUGAUUUGAUCCAUUUAUCCAUCAGGCAAUAUGGAAUUAGAUACUAUCCCUUUUCAAAAUAUUUUUUUUCCUCGAAAGUUACUCUAUCACUAAUAUUAUUAUUAUCAUAAUCGUUAUUAUUCAAAGAAUAUCUCUUAGGAAGAAUAAUUUUGAUAGACAAGUGAGCGAGAAGAAGAAGAAGAAUCAAGUAGAGUUGUAAUUGUACAUAUUGUAAUACAUUAUAUAUUUUGAUGGAGUUUUGUUCUCUGAGCUGGAUGGUUUGGUCGUGGGGCUUUCAUCGUCCUUCUGAAUGAAAUCAUCAGCACAAACUUUGAGUAGAAGUGAAGUGUUUGCAUUUCUCCACAGCUUGUCCUGUACACCUCAAUGUUGAUUGGUUCUUAUUGACGUAUAUUGAGGUGACCCGAAUCGACAAUUUAUCCCUGAUACUUUAGUGGAUGAGUUUCUACUGGAGAAAACAGUUUAGGUUUCCUUUGAAUAAACUAACUUUUAUAGAACUCUAAAUAGCCCGUUCUUUGAUAUAUUUUAAUGGUAUCUCCCUUGUAUUCAAUGUUCAUAAAUAAAAUCUUCCCCGUAUCUGCUAGAGUACUUUCAAGUUGAGGUUUUUGUUUCAAUUACUACCAAUAAAUCAUUCUUCAAAAGUG